AUGGAACUUCCUGAUGCCCCACCCGUUCACGGGUGCGGAUUACUUCUGAGCGGCAACAUGCGGACUUCCGAUCGGACAAGCGAAGAAGCGGACUAUUAUGAGCCUUUUCUCCCUGAGACUCGUGGUCGACGACGGUGCAUCAGUGAUUACGUCAUCAUCCGUGAGGAUUACGUAAUCAUCGGAGUGGAUCGACAUGGUGCAAUCAUUUGGAUACACGAUCGACCGACAAGGACGACGACGGUGCAUCAGUGA